AUGUCAACACGGUAUUGGAGAUUCUGCAUUCUUCAUCUUUGUCUAUUCCAUGCAUGCAGUCUACACCUUGAGUCAACAAUUCCAAAGAGUCUAGAUGAGUCAUGGUCUUCUGCAUCAAGUACGUCACUGUACUUGUCAAGAGAACCACUGGCAGCAGUUACUGAUAGAAGCAUCACAUCAUCGACAACACCUUCUGGAAUAUCACAGUCACUUUCGCUUUAUUCCUUGCAAUGGACACCAGAUGAUAGAAUCAGUAUUCCUGUACGCAGCACUUGGAGAUGGAAGGAUGCAGUUCUGGGAGAUGGACGUGACUUCUUCGUUCCCAAACCGAAGACAAUCCAAAAGCUCCAAAGCAUAUUCAUGGACAACAUCCCUGGGCUUGAAGAGUGCAGUGUGCUGAGUAACUGUGCUCGGUUCGCAGUUUUAUGCAAGUGGAAUGAUACAGAUGUUCCAACUGUCGCUGAGAGGGAUCUUCGAUGUGAAGCCUUGUCUUUCUGCUUGCUUCAUCAGGUCGAUUAUAAUGACAAGACUGCAAAAAAGCACCUGGCGACCUUGACCCAGUCCCUCGAUCUUCCAAAGCUUUUAUCAACAGAAUUGCCUUCAACAGUUGAGGUGGACUCGGCUGUCCAAGAGUUAAGUCGACAUUGGGAUUGCAUACAUGAUAUAUCUGCUAUCAUGCUACAUUUAUGCAAAGUGUCUGCUGGUACAAGCGAACGGCCCCGUCGUCCUGACCGCCAAGUGAUCUUCCGGCCUUAUUCCUCGAGGGAUGCCCAUAUUCUUUUGCAGCUAAAGCGGACCAAGGCUGCUGUCUCGAGCAGAAGUGGGGUACUCAAUGACCUGUUGGAACUCGCCAUUCGAGCUGGAAAGGCGGCAAGGAACGAAAUGAUCGUUCCUGCUUUGAAAGAACUAAAGCCAUAUGGCUCCUCAAAAGACCCGCCUUUGGAUCUGAGCAUUGAAGUUCAGGAGAAGGUCAUAGAAGAUGCCAUAGAGCCACUGAUUCAAGAAUGUCUUGAGAAAUGGAAGGCAUCAACGAACAAGGAUUCCAUCACAACACUUCGACAAGCUGCAGAGUCUUUGUCCACUUCUGACGAAGAACUAGCAAUCAUCCGAAAGCUAUUGCACCAGCCAACAAUAGAACUACGCCGUAGUCCAGAGACAGUCGACGUACAGCAAAUACUGGAUGAUAUUGAUUACAAGCUUCAGAGCUUACGAAAAUCCAAAGCGUCGUUGAUUUAG